GAAACUUGAAGUUGUUGAACAUAUUGACCCUGGUGAUGGACAAUUUGUGGAUGAAUCUAUAAAUAAAUUUCAGUCAGAUGAAAUUUCAAGUAAUCCUGUUAUGGAAAGCUUCAGUGAAAGAGAAAGACUACCUAGAAUUGUGAGCUGCACUGCUUGUGGACAAUAGGUGAAUCAUUUUCAGAAGGAUUCAAUAUAUAGACAUCCUGCACUGAAUGUUCUUAUUUGUAAGACGUCAUUUUCUGAACAUGUGAUGUUUGUAGAAGGAAGAGGUACGUGUCAAGGAGUAGAUGUAUGGUGUGCAGAAGGUGGAAGCCUAAUAUGUUGUGACUCUUGCCAUAAUGCUUUCUGCAAAAAAUGCAUUUGGCACAAUCUUGGGCAAAAAGAGCUAUCAAAAGUAAUGGAUGAAAACAGUCAGUGGCAGUGCUAUAUUUGCCACCCUGAACCUUUGUUAGAUUUGAUUGCCGUCUGUGACAGUGUAUUUGAGAAUUUAUCACUUUUGAGGCAACAGAAUAAAAAGAAGCCAAAGUCUGCAAGUGAAAAGAGUGGUAAGACAUGUAACCGUCCACCUAAAUUUCACUCCACCACCAAAAAAGAAGAAAAACCUCAGUUAGAUGAUUCUCAUUCUGAUGCUGUAACGUGUUCUUUUUCAUCAUUAAUGGUCCCAAAAUAUUUGAUUAAAAAGACCAAAACACUGCUUGAGAACACUGCAGAUAUAAACUCCAGUUUUGUGACGUUUUUGGAACAAAUAGGUAGUAAUUCAGAAAUGAGCUCAAGUACUAAGUUAAAUCAAUUGAAAGCUAUUAGAUUUGUGAUGAGUGACAUAAAUAAGGCUCAUAAGGCAUUAGAAGAAUACUUGAACAAGGAGAUAAGCAAUUUGGUUGUUAGAGACAAGGAAGAAAAUAUCAAAGAAGGAAAACAUGAGAAUGUUAAAAAACAUGGCAAGAUUAAAAAUGUAGAUGAAAAAUGUGAAGUGGAAGAUAAAUUUCCUACAAAGACAAAAAGGUUUCCAAAUGACAAAACUGAUACAGACAUUAUAGUUCCAACAGCAGCAACUGGUGAAGUUAAGAAUACAAAUGAAGAAUUUCAAUAUGAACCUCCAUGUACUUCUAAAUCUUUAGAUAGGGACAUUCUAGCCAUUCCUUCUUCAAAGCCUAAAAAUAUUUCUGACAAUCUAGAAACUUCUGUCAAUAUCCAGAAUGAUGAAAAUACUGAAACAUAUAAGGACACAGAAAAUCUCUCUUCAGAAAUAAAUGAAUCUUCAAAAGUUGGCAAAGGAAGAUCUACGGUAAAGACAUUAAUGAAGAAAUUAUAUAUUAAGCUUUCUCCUAUUUCCAUAUCAGAUUCCUCACUGAAAGAUCCUGUUAGUCAAGAGAAAACAGAAGAGGAAUAUCAAAAGGAGACCAGUAUUACAGGAAAUACUGAUGUCAUCCCUGAUAAUGACAGUACAUUAUUUAAUGAAGAAACUGACCUUCAAAGAUCACCCCUUGUGAAAACACCUUCAGUUGGACACAUAGAAAAGGAGCUUGUUACAUCUAAUUCAGAAAAAAGUGAUGAACAAUGUAAAGCAAAGUCAUCAGAACAGUGGGAAAAAGAAGGCAGACAAAUAUUUUUGCCUGAUGCUGAAGAAAAAUUCAAGUGGAAGAAGGCUACCAAGGUGGAUGAGAGUUCUUCAGGGUCUGAUACCAAUUUAAAACAUGACAGUAUUCAGAAGAAAAUUGUAUACAAGACAAAGCAUCAUGAGCUUAAAGAUGAUAAAGCAAAACGAAAAAGAGAAGAUUCCACUUAUAAUUCAGAUAACGAUGACAAAAAAAGUAAAGCUUCUGAGUUUUCCAUUGCAGAAAAUACUGAGAAACAACAGGAUGAAAAUGAUUUUUUAUUCUCUUCAUCUGUUGUGUUGGAUAGUGACAAAUCUGAAAUGACUAUUACAGAAAAUACUGAUGCAUCAAAUACUGAACAUUUUCAGUUGUCAGGAGAUGAAACGAACACUGUAUUUGUUCCUGUUUUAAUGGAAGAAGAUGACGAUGAUCCUGAAAAUAGGUCAGCAAAAAAUUUAAAGGCAGACAAUAAUCAACAAAGUUACAAACAGAAGAAGAAAAGGAAACAUGUGAAAGUACGGGAGCGUUUAUCAAGUAAACAUAAUAAGAGCAAUUCUGAAAAUGAUGAGUCAGAGUCACCAGAACAAUGUAGAAAGAAAAUUAGAAAUAUCCUUCAAGAUUAUAAAUUACAAAGAGAAACACAGAGAGCACUUAAAGAAGAAGACAGGAAGAGAAAACGCCUUGCUGAAAGAGAGCAAGAAAGAGAAAAAUUAAGAGAGGUGGUAAACAGUUAUGCUUCACCUACUGAGUGUCCAAUAACAAUCAAGCUUGUUUUAGAUGAAGAUGAAGAAACCAAAGAACCUUUGGUUCAGAUUCAUAAAAACUUGGUUACUAAAUUGAAACCUCAUCAAAUAGAUGGUGUUCAGUUUACAUGGGAUUGCUGUUGUGAAUCCGUUAUACAAACCAAGAAAUCACCAGGCUCAGGAUGCAUUCUUGCCCACUGUAUGGGUCUUGGGAAAACACUACAGGUGGUAACUUUUCUUCACACAGUUCUCCUGUGUGACAAAUUGAAUUUUACUACAGGUUUAGUGGUUUGCCCCCUUAAUACCAUCCUUAACUGGAUAAAUGAAUUUGAGAAAUGGCAGGAGGGAUUAGAAGAUGACAAAAAACUUAAAGUAUCUGAAUUAGCAACCAAGAAAUGCCCUCAAGACCGAAGUCUUUUACUACAAAAAUGGCAAGACAAUGGUGGUGUUAUGGUCAUUGGCUAUGAAAUGUACUGAAAUCUUGUACAAGGAUGAAAUGUGAAGAGUAAAAAUUUAAAAGAAAUAUUUAAUAAAACUCUUGUCGAUCCAGGCCCAGAUUUUGUUGUUUGUGAUGAAGGUCAUAUACUAAAAAAUGAAGCUUCAGCUGUAUCCAAAGCUCUGAAUUCUAUUCGUUCAAAAAGAUGAAUUAUUUUAACAGGAACACCUCUACAAAAUAAUCUAAUUGAAUAUCAUUGUAUGGUUAAUUUUAUCAAAGAGAAUCUACUUGGUUCUGUUAAGGAAUUUAGGAAUCGAUUCAUAAAUCCAAUUCAAAAUGGCCAGUGUGCAGAUUCCACUGUGGCAGAUGUUCGAGUAAUGAAAAAGCGUGCCCAUAUUCUCUAUGAAAUGUUAGCUGGCUGUGUUCAGAGAAAAGAUUACACAGCAUUAACAAAGUUUUUACCACCCAAACAUGAGUAUGUAUUAGCAGUAAGAAUGACUUCUCUUCAAUGUAAGCUUUACCAGUACUAUUUGGAUCACUUCACAGGGAAAGGAAGUACUAGUGAAGGGGGAAAAGGAAAAGCAGGAGCAAAACUCUUCCAGGACUUUCAAAUAUUAAGCAGAAUUUGGACUCAUCCGUGGUGCUUACAGCUGGACUAUAUUAGCAAAGAAAACAAGGGUUAUUUUGAUGAAGACAGGAUGGAUGAAUUCAUACCAUCAGAUUCUGAUAAAACCUCAAUGAGUUUAAGUUCAAAUGAUUACCCUAAGAAAAAAAAGGCCGAAGGGAAAGAAAGUACUGGCUCAAGUGGAAGUGAUGAUGCAGAAGUAAUUAAAGUAUGGAAUUCAAGAUCCAGAGGUGGCGGUGAAGGAAAUAAGGAUGAGCUGCCCAGCAUUUCAUCAAUGACCAUAAAAAAAGAAGAAAAAAGAGCAACAUACUUUUCAAAUCCAGGCAGCCCUCCUCCAGGCUGGUACAAAGAUUUUAUUACAGAUUCUGAUGCUACAGUGUUGGAACAUUCUGGAAAAAUGGUACUUCUUUUUGAAAUUCUUAAAAUGCCCAAAGAACUUGGGGAUAAAGUGUUGGUGUUUAGCCAAUCUCUAAUAUCUCUGGAUUUGAUUGAAGAUUUUCUUGAAUUGGGCAGUAAGGAAAUGUCAGAUGAUAAAGACAAACCUCGAAUUUAUAAAGGUGAAGGAAAAUGGUUUCGAAAUAUUGAUUAUUAUCAUUUGGAUGGUUCCACAAGUGCACAGGCAAGAAAGAAAUCGGCUAAAGAGUUUAAUGAUGAAACUAAUGUGAGGGGCCAGCUGUUCAUUAUUUCUACCAAAGCAGGGUCUUUUGGAAUUAAUCUGGUAGCUGCUAAUCGAGUAGUUGUCUUUGAUGCUUCUUGGAAUCCAUCCUAUGACAUUCAGAGUAUAUUCCAGGUUUAUCGCUUUGGUCAAAAUAAACCAGUCUUUGUGUACAGGUUUUUAGCUCAGGGAACUAUGGAAGAUAAGAUCUACGAACGUCAAGUAACCAAGCAAUCACUCUCUUUUCGCAUUGUUGAUCAACAGCAAGUUGAUCGCCAUUUUACUUUGAAUAAACUGACUGAACUUUAUACAUUUGAGCCAGACUUACUAGAUGAUCCUAAUUCAGAAAAGAAGAAAAAGGAUACUCCUAUGCUGCCAAAAGACAUAAUCCUUGCAGAAUUGCUUCAAAUACAUAAAGAAUACAUAGUAGGAUAUCAUGAACAUGAUUCUCUUUUGGACCAUAAAGAAAAAGAAGAACUGACUGAGGAGGAAAGAAAAGCAGCAUGGGCAGAAUAUGAAGCAGAAAAAAAGGACCUACCUCUGCAUUUCCCUUUGCCUACCAUCAGUUUCAGCUCUGAGCCUCCAUUUAUGCCUUUUGAUAUGAAAGCCCUCUCAUCAAUGAGCCAUCAGCAGCUGGAAGAUCUUAUUAGUCAGGGAAGAGAAAAAAUAGAGGAAGCUACCAACAAUGUGAUGUCAAUGAAGAUUCAACCUCUUGAAGAUAUAAUUUCAGCUGUUCAGAAAGAAAAUACACAUAUGACAGAAACUCAAGUAUAUUCCUUGGCAUUAAGUAAGCAUGCCCGCCAGGAACAAGAUGCUAAACAUAGAGAAGCCAUAUACAAUGAUGUAUCAUUAAGACAGCAAAUGUUAAUAAGCUGUGUCCAGGAGAUACGAAUGAAUAGAAAACUACUACAACAAUAUAGUGAAGAACUAUUAAAUCAAGAAGAAGCUUCAACUCAUGACCUUCAGCUGCCAGCGCCUCCAAGUGUAGUCAUAAAUCCCUCUAGUUAUCAGCAUAUUGAUGUGAAAGGAAUGUAUCAGACAACAGUUCGUGGUAUGGAACCCCAACUAAUAAGAAGCAAGAAUCCAAAAACCUCUCAAAGGAAAUCAAUGUAA